UUUACAAAGGAGAUUAAGUUCUUAAUAUGUCAUAAUAAGAAGGUACUUGCUCCGAAACAUGUUUCUGUUAUUGAUGAAGAGUUAGUAGACAAUUUGAGGGAUCAGGACAUUCUUAAUAAAGCUGCUUUGAUAUUGAGGAAAUCAGUACUACAAAUUGAGAAAAAAAAAUUGCCAAAUAAUUUAUCUGUUCAGGAUCUUAAAAACGGCGAAGUUUCAGUGCCAGAAGACUUAUCCCAAUUUUAUUGUACUCUUAUUGCAGGAAGUAACAGCAAAAGGAGAAACAAUUUUAAGUGUGUUCGACUAGUUAAAUCCUUGAGCCAGGAUGCUGUCUAUGCUAUCUUGAAUGAGACAUUAGUGAAUUGAGACAUUAGUGAAUUCCUUAAAAAUUCAGAAGACGCUGCCAGCAACGACAACAUCACUGAUGACGACGAGGAUGACUUGAAUGGACAAUAUCAUGAUUGGAUGAACGAUGAAAAUUCCAAUGACUGUCCCUGUUGAAAUAAUCCUAUAGAUUCCAAUAAAAAAUAACUGUAUUGAAGUCUAAUGUGCUUUUGUCGCUGCAAAUCCAUAUACAUAUCUAUACAAAUUUUCAAAGGAAAAAAAACGGAAAGUCUAAUGGAAUUUAUAUGUCUCGAGAAUUUCUAUCUGGAUUUUAAUAGAAUUUGUAUGCCUAGAGAAUUUAUAUCUGGAUUUACCAAGCUGUACUUAAGCAAGUGGGUUCUAUUAGAAAAUCCAGUAACAUAGCGUAACGAUAAAAAGUGUUUUCUGUUGGAGUGUCCAGUUGUAUGAUAACCUUAGUUUAAUAUGUUUUUAUCGGUAAAUUAACUUUAAGAGUAUCUUACGUCUACUUAUAUCAAUCGGACUAUCCCGAGUGGAUUGUUAUGCCAAGUCUAUAGUUAUACGACUGGAUAUACCUAGGAGUAGUUGUGGGCCUCUAUAUGCAAAGCCAGUAUUAUAUUACAAUCACUUUUAUGUAUUUUCAUCUGUAAAAUGCAAUUAAGACUAUCUUAUAACUAUGUGGUAUCAAAUGGAUAAUUCAGAUUGGACUUUUGUUUCAAGUCUAAUGUUAUGUAUCUGGAUAUACUCAGAUGUAGCUAUAGGCCUGUAUAGGAAUAUCCGAUAUAAAAAUAAGAGUAUUUUAAUGUAUUUUUAUCUGUAAAUAACAAUUAGAACUUCCUUAAGGGGAAACGGGUGCAGAUUUAUGACCGACAAUUUGAUGGAUUUUUGUUUUUAAAUUUUUUUAUAUGUUGCUCUGAAUAUAAUGACCUAAAAAUUUGCAUGGAUGUUCAAAAUAAUAUAAUAAUGUGCUAAAGAAUUUGAUUUUGUAAAUUUUAUGCAAUAAAAAUUACAGAUUUAUUUAUCGAUCGAUAUGUGAUUAGUAUUUCAUCAAUAUUUUAAAUUUGUGUGUAUAAAAUGUAAAAACUGAAAUCUUUAGCGCUUCUAAACAAUAUUUGUAACAUAAAUAAGUAUUUGUUUAUUUGUAAUAUUCCGAAAAUUCGGCAGGAAAUUUUAAAUAAACAUUGGGUCAUAAUUUUAUAAAUAAUUGAAUUGUAAUAGUCCACGAUCCCAGAGCGUUCUGACAUAACUUAUUUUCACAUGGAUGAAACCUUCACGAAUUAGUAACGUCUAGUAUACUUUAAAUACCUGCCUACUUGUGGAGCUUGCCCUGUGACACCUGGGCAGGUACCAGGUGAGAAAGGAUAUUCAUUACCCACGUAUAAAUUGAUUCUGACCUCGAGGCAUCAGUCAUGUUUGCCUACGUGAAGUUUUGUCUACCGGACAAUGGCUUAUGUAUUGUGAAAACAAGUCAGAUAGCCAAAUUUAAAAUUCCGUUUGAAAAAAAUAAAAAGUACAAGGUCACUUGUGAUGAUGAUACAGUUAAAAAAGCUGUGGUUAUUUACGCCGAAGAAACUGAAGAAAAACUUCAACAGACUAUAGAUAGUCAGCGUACCAAAUUUCCUCCACUUUCGAAACUAGUUUCUGGCACUGAAGAGAGCGAUAUGGAUAUGACAAAAAAUAACCGUGAAAAAAAAACAGAAAGUGGCGAUAAUUCUAUCCAAUCUGUCCUUCAAGACAAAUUAGCCUUAAAAGAAAAAGAAUUAAUGAAAUCUAAUGGUGCUGAAUCCCAAAAAAGAGUAAAUAAACAGUACCUACAACUAUCUCACUGCCCGAAACGCGUUUGCAUAAGAACAAAACAGAGGUGGAACCUCUUGCAGCAGCAGUCUUCUGAUCACUCUGUUUCUGUGACAAGAAAUGAGAAUAAUAUUGAAGAUGUUUCAGAAAAUUUAAGUAAUUUCGAGUGUCUCGUGAGUAAUAAUGAGUCACUCUUAAGCAGCGAAAAUCAUACAAAUUCAAAUCUUUUUGAUAAUGAACAUACUGAAUUUCUAGACGUAAACAAUUUGAAUUAUGUAUAUAAUAUGAGCUCAGAAAGCUCUUCAGACAACGAUAGUUCUUCUUUUCAUGUAAACUGUGAUGAUUUUUCAUCUGAAGAAACUGAUUUUUCGUCGGAUAGCGAUUCUGAUAGUACAAAAGAAAAUGAUGUUAAUUGUUCCUCUAAUAAUAAUUGUGCGUCUUGUGAUGAAUCAAAUUUAUUUAACACCGACCAUAUGCAAGGUAGCCUCAUGAUGUUUCCUAGAGCACAAUUAACUAUUGCAGAUGUUUUAUUAAUGAUUACUGUUUACUCUAUAAAAAAAAGAUUAACUAAAAAAGAUGAAAAUGAUUUAAUCGAGCUUGUAAAGCUUUUAGCUGGCCCGGAAUUCUCAUCAUGGAACCCUUCGCAACAUGCACGAGAUAAAGCAUAUAAUCCCCCAAAAUCUAAAAUUAAUACACAUUUUUAUUGUACGAAUUGUAAUAUUAUAUUAACUUCUCAUAAUAACUGCAAAAGAAUGAAAACAAAAUCUAUAAAAUGUACAGACUGUGAAACCCAGUACAAGUUAACACUAGAAAGCCCCAACCAAUUUAUACUCAUCGAUUUUGAGUACCAACUGAAGACUCUUUUGCAUGAAGAGGAUGUUCAAAAAGAUUUAUUGCAAACAUUGACCAAAAUUAGUGAAAGUCAAAAUAAUGGUGUAAUUAAUGACAUCUAUGAUUCUAAACUAUAUAAAAACAUUCAAGGUUCUUCACCACAAACAUUAACAUACAAUCUUAAUACUGACGGUGCACCAGCAUUUAAAAGUUCCAAUCGUAGUUUUUGGCCAAUACAAUUACAUUUUAAUGAACUUUCACCGCGAAUUCGCAAACAAAAUAUAAUUCUUGCUGGUAUGUUUUUAACCUCAUCAGAACCUAGUCCGGAAUUAAUGAAAAUUUAUCUUUCAAAAUUCAUUGAUGAUGCUGAAAAACUUAUGAAAAAUGGAUUAAACAUUACUAUACGUAAUUCAAAUGAACAGAAAAAUUUUAAAUUUCACUGUCUUCUUGUAUGUGUGGAUUCAGUUGCUAGGCCUGUCAUACAAAAUCGAUAUCAGUUUAAUGGCUAUUAUGGUUGUAGUUGGUGCUACGCACAUGGUGAAUAUUAUAACUCUGCUAUGCGUUAUCCAAUAGUUGAAAAUGACCCUGCUUUAAGGACGCAUAAUGAUCAUGUUCUUGAUAUUGAAAAUGGUGAAAAAUUAAGUCGUCACAUCAAUGGUGUAAAAGGACGCACAGCACUAUUACGAUUAAAACAUUUGGACUGUGUGUGGAGUUUACCUGUAGAUUACAUGCAUGGUGUUUUGCUAGGUGUUUCUCGGCAAUUAUGGUCUAUAUGGACUACACCAAAAACCCCGUAUUACUUAACGUCCAAAAAUCGUGAAGAAAUUGAUAAACGGUAUCUUAGUAUAAAAAGACCACAUGAAAUCCAUAGGCUGACGAGAUCUAUUAAAACUAUGGCAAAAUGGAAAGCAUCAGAAUGGGAGUCAUGGUUGUUGUUUGACAGUUUGCCUUGUUUGGAUGGAAUUUUAAAAAAAGAGUGCUUAGAUUCAUAUUGUCUAUUUGUGUCUAGCAUUUAUAAACUUUUAUCUGGGAAUAUAAGUGCGAGAGAUAUCGUUCAAUGUGAAUUAGAUUUAUUGCAAUUUGUUGGCGAAUGUCAAUUAUUUUAUGGAAAACAAGCAAUGACGUUCAAUUUACAUUCCUUAGUUCAUGUCGGUGAAUCGGUAAGACAAAGCGGUCCUCUCUCUUCUAGCAAUACAUUUAUUUUUGAAAACGAAAUAUUCAAUUAUAAGCUUAAAAUAAAUGCUGCUCAUGGUGUUUCCCAGCAAAUUGUUAUGGCAACUUUAAAAACAAAUCACAUUCGGAAUAACAUCGACAAUGCUACAGAAUCAACCGUCUGUCGAAGUUACUGUAAAAAUUUAUUUCUUCCUCAAUAUUUAACCAAAUAUGUACAUACAAGUAAUGAUGCAAUGCUUACUAGUAAAGCGGAUGAACCAAAUGGGAGAAUUCUUCAACUGCUUCGCCAAUCGAAUAUUGAAAUUACACAUGAUGUUAAAGUUUACAGCAGAUGUUUCUUUAUAAAAACAGUUAUUCAUAGUGUUAGGUAUACUAGACCAAAAAAAACUGAUAAUACUACUAUUUUAUUGAAAACUAAGAAAAAAAUGCAAAUACAUGACUUUGUUGUUGCAAAUAACAUCUGUUAUUUAUAUGGACAUGAACUUAUAACGAGUACACCUGAAUUUUGUACAUCACGCUUAAAUCAUAUAUUCGAAGUAGACAGUAUCCCAGGAGAUGAGAUUUUUGUUAAUGCUGAGUGUUUUGAAGCAAAACUAUCAUUUUACACCACUGGAGUAAAGAGUUAUGUUUCUUUGCUUCCAAGACACUUAGGAAAUUAACAAGAUGAUAGAACAAUUUUAAAUAAAAUGGAUCAACAAGAAGCGGUAGAAGUGGAUAAAGAAAACGAUUCUUCUGCUAUAAAUAUCUCUGAAAUAAAUGAACCAUUAAUUUACUCUAAACCCGCUGAAGCUACUCUGUCAACAUCUGGAAAUUCUGUAGAGAAUGAUGGCUAUCAAAACAAUGAAAUCAAAAAGAAUGAUCAGGUUUGAAGUUUUCAAUUUUUAAUUUAUAAUAUAAUAAAUAUCGUACUUCCCAGUAAACACGUUUACGUCAAUGUGACGUCAAAAUGACAUUGGGCUAUGUCAGGAUUUACGUAAGAUACAAGUCACGAAUGAGUCAUAUGUGACUCAUUAUUUCACACUUCUUGACGUAAGAUUCUGACGUAAAAAUAUGACGUAGUCAUGACGUCGGUAUUAUGUCUCAAUG